AUGGCCAAUGAAUCCAUUAUAACAGAAUUUCUACUGAUGGGAUUUUCUGAUGAUCAUGAUAUGCAGAUUUUGUAUUUUGUAAUUUUUUUCAUCAUUUACUUAUUAUCCAUAAUGGGAAAUGUCCUUCUCAUUGUUGCUGUGGUUCUAAACCACCAUCUUCAUGCUCCCAUGUAUUUCUUUUUGGUCAAUUUAUCAUUCUCUGAUGUUUGCUUCAUCUCAACUAUAAUUCCUAAGGCCAUGGCUGCUUCUUUGAUAAACAACAGGCAGAUCUCCUAUGUUGGAUGUGCUGCUCAGGUCUUCUCAGUUUUCACCUUUGGAGGUUCUGAGCUUUCUUUGCUGACUGUCAUGGCUUAUGACCGUUAUGUAGCCAUCUGUCAUCCUCUGCAAUAUACCCAAAUGAUGAACUGGGAUGCCUGUUUGCAAAUGGUAGCUGCUUCCUGGAUAAGCAAUUUGAUCCAUGCUUUGCUACACACCAUUCUUACAUUCAGGUUAAAUUUCUGCAAAUACAAUUUAAUUGAACAAUUUUUCUGUGAUGUUCCCCAUUUACAAAAGAUUUCUUGUACUGAUACAAGAAUUAAUCAAAUUCUAAUUUUGGUUGUAGCGAUCAUUGUAGAUUCAUUUUGUAGUGGGCUCAUCUUUAUCUCCUAUGGCUACAUUUUCUUGGCUGUGCUAAAAGUCCCUUCAGUCGAAGGCAGAUAUAAAGCUUUGUCCACAUGUACUCCUCACCUGACUGUCUUUUCUUUAUUUUUGAUCUCUACUCUUUUUGCAUAUAUGCGGCCCCAAAGUCUUUCCUCCCAGACUUUGGAUUUGCUCUCUGCUGUUCUCUACACAGUUUUGCCCCCACUCCUCAACCCUCUCAUUUAUAGCUUCAGGAAUAAGGACAUCCAAAAGGCUGUGUGGAGAAUGCUAAAAACAUAG